CUCUAAGUUCAUCACUCACCAAGAGGCACAACCAGGUGCCUCGUGUCCAUUAGGUGAACCUACUGGUGUGAACGCAGCACUAAAGGGACGUCUUCCUAACUAGUCCGCUUUUUACGGUAGCGACUCAGCCUUUCAAAUUGGAGGUCUCGCCUAAGCUUUGGACACCUAGGGUGCAUUAGGGGCGCAUUAAGGCCCCGUUUCGGCCAGGGCGCUGCUCUUCGCGGCGAGUCCUCGGACGAUGCGGCCCGCCUUCGUUCUUGUGCUGGCGCUUGCAGCCUUUGUGUCGGUGUCUGGCCAGACCGACCCUCCACCCCCUCCAGACCCGAGCCCCCCACCUCUUCCUUCUCCACCGCCUUCUCCACCGUCUCCAGAUGGCGUCAUUGCGGGGCCUACAGUGAUUCCGCAGCGCGUGGCGCUUCCAAUUGACUUCAAGCUUACUUGCUAUGAUGGCUACGAGCUUAUUUUCACCAACGACAACUACACCAAUGGAGUCUAUGUAGGACCUGACGCAUAUGACUUUGCCAUUGGGCAGUGCAAGAAGUGCCCUGCGGGCACUGCCACCAUGGAUGGCUUCCGCUGCAUUCCGUGUCCUUCGGGCUACUUUUCAAACGCCGGUGCACGCGAGUGCACUGCUUGCCCAGCUGGCACUAUUACGAAGCCAUCGGCGCCCACUGCUGGUGAUACCUACGACCAGGUGCAGAUGUUGAAUAAGGGACCGCAAGCCACGGCUUGCCAGGCCUGCCCUCCAGGCUACUUUCAACCAAAUCUGGCUGGCACUGUCUGCAUUCCUUGCCCGAGCGGCUUCGUUUCCGGCGCAGGUGCGACCAGCUGCACUGCUUGCAACGAGGGUACUUUCCACGGCGAUGGCUCCCAGCUUGCGGUCGCCGGGACGGCAAGCAAGACCUACGCCGGCAUGACCAACGAUGCGGGCACGACCACGGGUGGCGAGGCGUCUGCUUCCCAAGUCAGUGCAGUAAGCGGCACCGUUUCGUCCAGCGGGUAUGACUACGUGGCUAUCCCCAACACCUGCAUUAAGUGCCCGAAGAACACGUACCAGCCCCUGAAGGCCCAGGCGGCCACCUCCAACACCGGCAACGCGGCCUUCAGCGCUUGCAGGCGCUGCGAGGAUGGCUGGUACGCUCCUGCUGGCUCGGCCUACUGCGUGCCUUGCCCCGCUGGCUCCUACCGCAACAGCUACUUUGAUGGCUCCGCCGCUAAGUCGAACGCUGCCACCUUCCAGUACUGGGCCGCGAACGAGUUUGCUUACGGCACUGGUGGCGCUUGCUUCAAGUGCCCCAAGGGUACCUACGCAUCCAACCCCGGUUCCUCAGUCUGCCUGCCCUGCCCUGCCGGAACCAACGCCGUUAAGACCGGCUCCACUUCUUGCGAGCGUUGUGUCGCCGGCACGAACAGCCUGUUCGGCACUCGUGCUCAGCAGCUGUCUUGGGACACGGGGGCUACUGGCGCCAGCCUGGCUUACAAGACAUACACCAUCAAGGGCCGCCCCUCCACCGAGGCCACGGCUAUCAAGCUCUUGCGCCUAGGGCAGGACGCGAACUAUUGGCUCGCUGCCAAGGCUGAUGUCUGCUCUCCCAACCUGCCGGGUUACUACACCGAUGUCGCCGGUCUGGGUGUGCAGCUCCCUUGCCGCCCCGGCACCUACCUCGCCGCCGAUGCCGCCGACAAGACCACCUGUCUCACCUGCGCACAGGGUACCUUCAACGAGGAGUUUACGCAACCCGUGUGCAAGGCUUGCUGGCCUGGUUCGUAUGCUGCUCAGCGCGGCAUGACCAAGUGCACGAUCACCUUGCCUGGCUACUACACUAACCCCAACACUGCGGCAGUCAACGCGACCUACGACAUGUCGACCACUACCACCACUGUGGCUAGUGGCCUGGUGAAGGGUGCUGUGGACCCGAGCCCCUGCGGUCUGGGCUACUACCAGAACGAGUACGAGAAGAACACCUGCAUUGCCUGUGCCGUGGGCAACUACGCGGAUGUCACUGGGCUCUCAGCUUGCAAGCCCUGCCAAGCUGGCCGAUUCCAAAAUGCUAUUGGCCAGGCGACCUGCAAGCAGUGCGAUAUGGGCUCCUACUCGGAUUACGGCUCCACGAUCUGCACGCGCUGCCCCGCCGGCUCCAUCACCCCCAAGCCCGGCACUGCACGCUGCAGCAAGUGCGCCCCAGGCUUCUACGCCGACAAGCCCGAGGGCGCCACCGCUUGCCUGGCCUGCCCCCGCGGUUACUUUGGCCCCUACAUUGCCGCCUUCUCUGCGGACGGCUUUGGUCCCGACGGCCCUCGCGGUUGCUUCAAGUGCGGUUACGAUACGUACACGGAUCGCCCGGGUAUGACCACCUGCACUGCCUGCGCCCAGAUGAGUGUGGGCAAGAACGCUUUGGGCAACGACAUCAUGGUGGACACCUGCACGGAGACCACUGGUGCUCAGCGUUGCAAGCCCUGCUCGCUGCUCAUCAACCUCACUCCCACCCGCGCAAGCAUCGACAGCCCGCCCCCGCCUACCCCGUCUCCGCCUCCCCCCAAGCCCCCCAGCCCUCUGCCCCCCAGCCCCAAGCCGCCUUCACCCAAGCCGCCCAGCCCGAAGCCACCUUCGCCUCUUCCUCCCAGCCCCAAGCCGCCGUCUCCUCUGCCGCCCAGCCCUCUGCCCCCCAGUCCCCUCCCGCCGUCGCCCAGCCCACCCAGCCCUCUUCCUCCCUCUCCCUUCCCGUCUCCCCCACCACCUGGCAACCCGGCUCUGCCGAAUGGAACUGGUGUCGCUCCCGAUGCUGACCGCACCCGCCUGCCUCCGGACCCGCCUGCCCCUCCUCGGCCCCCUGCCCCGCCUCCUUCGCCUCCUUCGCCUCCGCCCUCGCCGCCCUCGCCUUCCCCUCCUCCUGUCCCGCCUUCGCCUCCGCCAAACCCGCCUACACCGCCCUCGCCUCCCCCUCCCCCGUCGCCUUUCCCGUCUCCUCCUACAUCGCCCCCACAACCGCCCAGCCCGCCUGAUCUCCCGCCCAGCCCCCCCAGCCCGCCUGCCCCUCCACCUUCCCCCCCUGGCUACCAUGGCCGCCGCCGUCGUUUGGGUGAGAUGAGCGUGGAGGAGAUUGCAGAGGAGGCGGAGCUCAUGCACCAGGAGGACGAGAUGGAGGAUGACGAGUAAAAAAUAAACAUAAGAACAACGACCACAUGUCUCCUAUUCUUCCAUUGCCUCGCGAUUAACGCCUCUGUGACGCGCUAUAUCGGAGGUUACUUGGCGCCUGUAUCUUACAGACAUGAUCUAUGGUCAUGCUAGUCGAUGAUCUCAGAUCAUGCUAGCUCGAGAUUGCGUGAUAAGGUUUGGAACUGGCUUGUGAGAGGGUUUUGUGCCGCACGGCUAUCCUGCACGUGGGUCUGUGUGGCUGGGUUUUCCUAGGUGGUAUGAUGUCCCCGACCGUCGUCCAAAAGCAUGCAUUUCUUGACUCGUCGAUGACGUACUUGCGAGGGACUUGAAGCUCAUGUUAAGAGUUUCCUUGAUGUGGGUUUGUAGAUGGUUCUUAGACCUGUACCAACGCAGCGUUCCUGCAGUGAUGACUCUCAUCUUUGGUUGUAGCAGAUGUUGAGAGCAGCAACAAAGAUGACGUGCAAUGGUUUGGGCGAAGCUGGGGUUGGUGCUGACCUCUGCCCGAGCUCAUGUGUCUACCAAGCUCGCGGUUUUGGGAUGCAUGGUUGAACAUUACGAGGACAGACGCGCGCGUUGCACUCGGCGGUUGCAACCAACCUGCCGGAAUCCCCACCGUGCACCGGUUUAUGUAUAGCGGCUGUUGUGCGUGCGUUUUCCUCUGUGUGUGAUCCAGCACGGCGCGCCAGGCGACGCUUUGGGUUACAGUACCCGCGAACGAGUAUAAAAAUAAGUUUUCGUAUGCAAGGUGUUCGCGCCUCACCCAUCCGUUCCGAUGGUGUGAUGCUGAACAUGUGUAGUUGUCUUCCGUUGCCUUCUAGUUGAAAACUGUUGCGUGCGUCGGCGCUUGUGACUGCGCCUGUUCAUGUUGCAGAGCGCACUAACUUGACGCCAUCUAGCAGUGAAGCGCUAACGUGUUUGCCCUAGUAGAAGCGCUAUUUGCAUAGGUUGUUACACGGCUAUUGUACGGGGCCAAGCCUGCUGUUUGCCUGUCUUUGCACGAAGGACCAUCGUCAUGAUCUAUCUCUACCUGUUGUGUCUGUGCUUUUAGACGUGCAAUAUUGCCCGGAUAAAACGCGGAACACAACUUGGAGCAUUCGCAGCACUGCAGUGCCCGAAUUCCGUGUACUUCUGCCUAUGUAUCUCCACCCUAUCUGUAAACAACAUUCAUGCACGAUCUGCUUCUCUGUUUGCACAAUCUUGAGCUUUUAGCCCCCUUAAAGUCACAGCAAUAC